AUGCCGCUGAGUGGGAAGGUGACGCUGCGCGGCGAGCCAAAGGAGAAGGCGAUCCCGAGCAACGAAGAGCGCAAGGAAUGGCCGGUUCUGGUGCACGUGGUGGCGCCGGCGAAGAUGGAGCGGUUCCCCAUCGACCUGGUGGCGGUGCUGGACGUGAGCGGCAGCAUGAGCAAGGCGACGUCGCGGCAUGGCUGGACGCGGCUGCACCUGGUUAAGGCCGCCAUGCAGAUCGUCACCAAGAAGCUCGGCGCCGGCGACCGUCUCGCCGUCGUGCCGUUCAACCGCGACGUCGUCGGCGCGACGCCGCUGAGGGAGAUGACCACGAAAGGCAGGGAGGAGGCCUCCGCGAAGGUGGACAGCCUCCGGGCCGGCGGCGAGACCAGGUUCCUGCCGGCCCUGAAGCAUGCGUCGGGGCUCCUGGACGGCCGUCCGGCCGGCGACAGGCAGUACCGGCCGGGCUUCAUCUUCCUGCUCUCCGACGGCCAGGACAAUGGCGUCCUCGGCAACCUCGCCGGCGUCCGGCGGUACCCGACACACACGUUCGGCAUGUGCCAGAGCCGGUGCAACCCCAAGUCGAUGGUCCACAUCGCCAGCCAGACCAAAGGGAGCUACCACCCCGUCAACGACGACCUCUCCAACGUCACGCAGGCGCUGGCCGUCUUCCUCAGCGGGAUCACCUCCGCCGUCGCCGUCAACGCGCGCGUCGACCUGCACGUCCCGGACAACUCCGGCGUGUUGAUUAAGAAGAUCGACUCCGGAGCGUACGAGGGGACGAUCGAGAACGCGAAUGGCAAGUCCAAGGGCAGUGUCACCUUUGGCGUUUUCUCCUCUCAGGAGGAGAAGAAAUUCAUCGUCUACCUCCAUGUGCCGAAGCUGGAGAACGUUCAGGCGACGACGGCGCCGCAGCCGCUGCUAACGGUGUCCGGUGAGUACAGCACGCCAGCGGGCGGAAGGAAGGUGGAGAAGAUGAACGAGUCGAAGAUACAGGUGGAGAGACAUGCCCCUGCCACCACAAAACCGGCCGCCGGCGAUCAUCACGUUACGGCGUCGGCGUGGUCGGAAGCAGUCAUGGUGGAGAUUGUGAGGAUAAAGGUGGUCAGCAUCGUCGAGGAGGUGCUGAAAAAUCACGAGCAGCAGGAGGAGCCGGACCAGAAGCAGAUGGCCAAGGAGCUCAGGGAGAAGUGGGAAAGCUUCAUCAAGGAGACCCCCGCCGGGAAGGAUGCAGCAGAGCGGCUCAAGGAGAAGCUUCCGAAACAUCACUUCGACGAGGUGCACGCGAGCCUGGUGCAGGAGGAGUACGACGGCGUGCUGUACCUGUACUCGUGGCUGGCGAGCCACAAGACGCAGCAGGCCACCACCAUGGCCGCGUCGUCGUCGGCCACCGUAGCCGGCUGGUUCCGCCAGCAGUACAUGCAGCAGAUGGCCGCCGACGCCGUGUUCGACGCGUGCGGCAUCCGCCCCGGGGUGGACAUCGAGCUCGACGCGACGGGCUGCGGCUGCGGCUGCGCCGUGGACAUGGACAGGAUCGACCGCCGGCUGGAGCUGUGGUCCAGCCUCAAGCGCGACGCGCCGCUCAUGUUCCAGCCGUCGGAGGACGCCAAGUCGCACCACCUCACCGCCGUCUUCUGCGAGGCGUCGCUCGACGCCAUCAACCGUGCCAUGCACCAUGACAUGUACCUGGCCGUCGUCCAUGCGAGCAACCUGAGGCGAUGUUACUCCGGCGCCGGGAAGCAGGAGCCGCAUGGCGACGGCUCGACGUCGGAGCUGCCUGCACAUGACGAUGACGCGCCGCCGCACGCCAUUGAAAAACACAGCGAGUGA